AACGGUCGAAGUGAGUUCAACAAGGAAAAUGCCCUAUCCCCUACUCAAUCACCGUGUAUAAGAAGGUAUCUCCCUCCACAUACUUCCCUUCUACCCACUAAAUAUCAGGAAAGGAAUUCAGGGAAGGGCCAGGCAAGUGAAAAUCAAGGGAGGAGCAUUUUGGAGUGUCUGUUAUUCUCUCAGCACUCAUACUUGGCCAUCUUCAUUAUCCUGGUUUGCAUCACCGAAAGGGAAAAGAUUAAGGAAGAUCCACUCAACUUCAAUGUGUUGAGCAUCGCCAUCGAAGUGAUAAGCGCUUACGGGAAUGUUGGCUUCUCAACUGGUUAUAAGUGUAAAAGCCAAGUGAAACCUGAAAGCUUCUGCAUAGAUACCUGGGCUGGAUUUGUAGGGAGGUGGAGUAACAUGGGAAAGUUAAUCCUCAUCGUUGUAAUGUUCUUUGGAAGGCUAAAGAAAUUCCUUGUGAAAGGUGGUGAAGCCUGGAAAGUCUCUUAGUUAAUGCUGGAUCCAAAGUUAUGUCCAAAAAGCUUGUGCAGCCACCAGGCUUUUGGUGUUUUCUGUGAUGUAAAUUGGUACUGUAUACCACAAGCCAAGAAUAAUCCUUAUGUUGUAUUUUGAGUUUUUGCGACCUCUUGGAUUAUAAAGUGUAGUAAAGCUUCUCCAAAAAUAGUAUCUUAUAUUCUAGAGGCUUUCAUAUCCGUGUUUGAGUUUAAUCUUAUGAUAUGUUGAUUCUUUCUCAACU